AUGUUUAACCGUAUAGACAUUUCCUGUUCUGCAGAAAUUGAUGACAAGGUGAAAAGCAUCUUGAAGCUUAUCAAAGAGGAAGGACUUGAAGAACAAGAUGGACUCUCAGAAGAAAACUCCAAAAAAGAGCCUCUUCUCAAGCUGAUUGAGGAUUUACAGAAACAGUACCAUUCGCUUUAUGGACAAUAUGAUCAUCUGAAAGGAGAGCUGAGAAAGAAAGUUCAUGGCAAACAUGGAAAAGAUGCCUCUUCUUCAUCUAGCUCAGACACAGAUUCUGAUGAUUCUUCUAAACACAAAGGUAGUAAAAAUGGUCGCCUGGAAAGCGAAUAUCAAAAGAUAACAGAUGGCAUAAAGCAAGAACUUGAAGCGGUGAAUCUAGAACUUGCUGAACUGAAGAGUAAGUUGACAGCUACAAGUGAAGAAAAGGAUGCUUUGAAGUUGGAGCAUCAAACAGCUUUGAUCAAGAUACAAGAAUCAGGGGAGAUCGUCAGAAAUUUGAAGCUUGAAGUCGAAAGGUCAGACGCUGAUAAAGCACAACUUUUGAUCGAGAAUGGAGAACUGAAGCAAAAACUAGAUACUGCUGGUGUGAAAGAAGUUGAACUUUAUCAAAAAUUGGAAGAACUGAAAAAAGAGCAAGAUAGCCUGAUUUUGGAGAAAGAGGCUGCCAUGAGAAGCACUGAAGAGAGAGAGAAGAUCGCAGAAGCUUUGAAGUUGGAAUAUGAAUCAGCUUUGAUCAAGAUACGAGAAGGAGAGGAGGUCAUCAGAAAUUUGAAGCUUGAAGUUGAAAUAUCAGACACUGAUAAAGCACAACUUUUGGUUGUGAAUGGAGAGCUGAAGCAAAAACUAGAUGCUGCUGGCGUGAUAGAAGCAGAACUGAAUAAAACAUUGGAAGAACUGAACAAAGAGAAAGAUAGCCUGAUUUUGGAGAAAGAGGCUGCCAUGAGAAGCAUUGAAGAGAGGGAGAAGAUCGCAGAAGCUUUGAAGUUGGAAUAUGAAACAGCUUUGAUCAAGAUACGAGAAGGAGAGGAGGUCAUCAGAAAUUUGAAGCUUGAAGUUGAAAUAUCAGACACUGACAAAGCACAACUUUUGGUUGAGAAUGGAGAGCUGAAGCAAAAACUAGAUGCUGCUGGCGUGAUAGAAGCAGAACUGAAUCAAAGAUUUGAAGAACUGAACAAAGAGAAAGAUAGCCUGAUUUUGGAGAAAGAGGCUGCCAUGAGAAGCAUUGAAGAGAGAGAGAAGAUCGCAGAAGCUUUGAAGUUGGAAUAUGAAACAGCUUUGAUCAAGAUACGAGAAGGAGAGGAGGUCAACAGAAAUUUGAAGCUUGAAGUUGAAAUAUCAGACACUGAUAAAGCACAACUUUUGGUUGUGAAUGGAGAGCUGAAGCAAAAACUAGAUGCUGCUGGCGUGAUAGAAUCAGAACUGAAUCAAAGAUUGGAAGAACUGAACAAAGAGAAAGAUAGCCUGAUUUUGGAGAAAGAGGCUGCCAUGAGAAGCAUUGAAGAGAGGGAGAAGAUCGCAGAAGCUUUGAAGUUGGAAUAUGAAACAGCUUUGAUCAAGAUACGAGAAGGAGAGGAGGUCAUCAGAAAUUUGAAGCUUGAAGUUGAAAUAUCAGACACUGAUAAAGCACAACUUUUGGUUGUGAAUGGAGAGCUGAAGCAAAAACUAGAUGCUGCUGGCGUGAUAGAAGCAGAACUGAAUAAAACAUUGGAAGAACUGAACAAAGAGAAAGAUAGCCUGAUUUUGGAGAAAGAGGCUGCCAUGAGAAGCAUUGAAGAGAGGGAGAAGAUUGCAGAAGCUUUGAAGUUGGAAUAUGAAACAGCUUUGAUCAAGAUACGAGAAGGAGAGGAGGUCAUCAGAAAUUUGAAGCUUGAAGUUGAAAUAUCAGACACUGAUAAAGCACAACUUUUGGUUGUGAAUGGAGAGCUGAAGCAAAAACUAGAUGCUGCUGGCGUGAUAGAAGCAGAACUGAAUAAAACAUUGGAAGAACUGAACAAAGAGAAAGAUAGCCUGAUUUUGGAGAAAGAGGCUGCCAUGAGAAGCAUUGAAGAGAGGGAGAAGAUCGCAGAAGCUUUGAAGUUGGAAUAUGAAACAGCUUUGAUCAAGAUACGAGAAGGAGAGGAGGUCAUCAGAAAUUUGAAGCUUGAAGUUGAAAUAUCAGACACUGAUAAAGCACAACUUUUGGUUGAGAAUGGAGAGCUGAAGCAAAAACUAGAUGCUGCUGGCGUGAUAGAAGCAGAACUGAAUCAAAGAUUGGAAGAACUGAACAAAGAGAAAGAUAGCCUGAUUUUGGAGAAAGAGGCUGCCAUGAGAAGCAUUGAAGAGAGGGAGAAGAUCGCAGAAGCUUUGAAGUUGGAAUAUGAAACAGCUUUGAUCAAGAUACGAGAAGAAGAGGAAGUCAUCAGAAAUUUGAAGCUUGAAGUUGAAAUAUCAGACACUGAUAAAGCACAACUUUUGGUUGAGAAUGGAGAGCUGAAGCAAAAACUAGAUGCUGCUGGCGUGAUAGAAUCAGAACUGAAUCAAAGAUUGGAAGAACUGAACAAAGAGAAAGAUAGCCUGAUUUUGGAGAAAGAGGCUGCCAUGAGAAGCAUUGAAGAGAGUGAGAAGAUCGCAGAAGAGUUGAGAAUUUUGACUGAUCGGCUGCAAGAGGAAAAAGCUACCACAGGGCAAGAACUAGAAGCUCUUAGGGUGGAACUUUCUAGCUUGAAGCAGCAGCUGGAAUCUGCAGAACAGGAAGUUGCAGAUUUUACCCAUAAUCUGAAAAUAACCAAGGAAGAGAAUGACUUGCUUACCUUAAAAUUAUCUGAAAUCUCAAAUGAGAUGGAGCAGGCCAAAAACACGAUUGAUGGACUCAUAGGUGAAUCUGGUCAAUUAAAGGAAAAAUUGGGUGACAGGGAAAGGGAGUAUUCAUCUCUUGCAGCGGUGCAUGAGAGACAUGGGAACGAAUCAUCAGCUCGGGUCAAGGAAUUAGAAGUACAAUUAAGAGGUCUGGAACUGGAGCUGGAAUCAUUGCAAGCCCAGAACAGAGAUCUUGAGGUGCAGAAUGAGAGCAAAGUGGCCGAAGCAAAGCAACUAGGAGAACAGAAUCAUGGGUUAGAAGCCCGGAUUUUGGAACUUGAAAUGAUGUCAAAAGAGACAGGGGAUGAACUUUCUACUCUCACAAAGAAACUUGAGGAAAAUCAGAACGAAUCAUUGUCUAGAACAGAGAAUUUGACAGUGCAGGUCAAUAAUCUGCUAGCAGGCUUGGAAUCUAUACGUGCCCAGAAAGCAGAAUUGGAGGAACAGAUGGUAAGUAGAGGUAAUGAAGCAUCAAUUCAAGUUGAGGGGCUUAUGGAUCAGGUAAAUGUGUUACAACAGCAACUGGAGUCCCUACAUAGCCAGAAAGCUGAACUAGAAGUGCAACUGGAAAAAAAAACUCAGGAAAUUUCAGAGUAUCUUAUGCAGACAGAAAAUCUGAAAGAGGAGAUAGUCAGCAAGGCUGAAGAUCAACAGCGAGUCCUGGCAGAAAAAGAAAGUUGUGUAGCACAAAUCAAUGAUCUGAAACUAGAGGUGGAGGCUCUAUGCAACCAAAAAGCUGAGCUUGGGGAGCAAAUAAGUACUGAAAUCAAGGAGAGGGAAAGAUUGGGAGAGGAAAUGGUGCGGUUACAGGAAAAGAUCCUUGAGCUGGAAAAAACACACACACACAGAGAGCUUGAGUUCUCUUCUCUCCAGGAGAGACAUACAAAUGGAGAGAAUGAAGCUUCUGCUCAGAUAAUGGCUUUAACGGAACAGGUCAGCAAUCUGCAACAGGAAUUGGAUUCUUUGCGGACUGAGAAAAACCAAAUGCAAUCGCAGCUUGAGAAAGAGAGAGAAGAAUUUUCAGAAACCCUAACCCAAAUGGAAAAUCAGAAAUCUGAGCUCAUGAGCCAGAUUGCACAGCAGCAGAGAAUGCUGGAUGAACAGGAGGAGGCGCACAAAAAGCUAAAUGAGGAGCAUAAGCAAGUUGAAGGUUGGUUUCAGGUGUGCAAGGCGAGUCUUGAAGUAGCAGAAAGGAAAAUUGAAGACAUGGAAGAAGAAUUCCAAAAGAGCGCCGGUUCUAAAGAUCAGAUGGUAGAGCAGUUGGAAGAAAUGAUUGAGGACCUUAAGAGAGAUGUCGAAGUAAAAGGAGAUGAAAUUAACACCUUGGUUGAGAGUGUCCGAAAUAUAGAGGUUAAGCUCCGGCUGUCAAACCAGAAGCUCCGUGUCACAGAACAGUUACUAACAGAGAAUGAAGAGAGCUUUAGAAAAGCAGAAGAGAAGUAUCAACAAGAGCAGAGAGUGCUCGAAGAAAGGGCUGCUAUGUUGUCUGAGAUAAUCACUGCAAAUAAUGAAGCUUAUCACAGGAUGGUUGCAGAUGUCUCAGAAAAAGUAAACGAUUCUUUGUUAGGACUGGAUGCUUUGACCAUGAAAUUCGAAGAAGAUUGUAACAGGUAUGAGAACUGUAUUUUGGUAGUGUCAAAGGAGAUCCGGAUUGCAAAGAAUUGGUUCGUGGAGACAAAUAAUGAAAAGGAAAAAUUGAGAAAGGAAGCAGGUGAUUUACUUGUGCAGCUACAAGAUACAAAAGAACGUGAAUUGGCAUUAAAGAAGAAGGUUGAGCAAUUAGAGGUCAAGGCGAGUAAGGAAGGAGUGGAGAAGGAGAAUUUGACCAAAGCUAUCAACCAACUGGAGAAAAAGGCGAUAGCAUUGGAGAUGAUGAUGAAAGAGAAGGAUGAAGGGAUAUCAGACCUGGGAGAGGAGAAGAGAGAAGCUAUAAGACAGCUAUGCCUAUGGAUUGAUUAUCACCGAAGCCGUUAUGAUUAUCUCAGGGAAAUACUUUCAAAGAUGCCCAUUAGACGCCAGAGGGCAUCUUAG